AUGACAGCUGCCCCAACAACCACGACUGUUGCACCAACAACCACAACUGUUGCACCAACAACAACGCCUGCUGCACCGACAUCCACAACAUCUCCACCAACAAUCACAACAACUGCACCAACAACCACAACACAAACACACACAUCCACAACUGCUGCAUCAACAACCACAACAGCUGCAUCAAAAACUACUACAGCUGCACCAACAUCCACGACAGCUACCACAACAGCUGCAUCAACAACUACUACAGCUGCACCAACAUCCACGACAGCUGCAACAACAUCCACGACAUCUGCACCAACAGCCCUGACUACUGCACCAACUACCACAACAGCUGCACCAACUACCACGACACCUACACCAACAUCCACUACAGCUGCACCAACAACCAUAACUACUGCACCAACAUUCACAACAGCUGCACCAACAUCCACUCCAGGUGCACCAACAUCCACUACAGCUGCACCAACAACCACGACAGCUGCACUAACAACCACGACAGCAGCACCAACAACCCUGACUACUGCGCCAACAACCACGACAGCUGCACCAACAACCACAACAGCUGCAUCAACAACUACUACAGCUGCACCAACAUCCACUACAGCUGCACCAACAACCACGACAGCUGCACUAACAACCACGACAGCUGCACCAACAGCCCUGACUACUGAACCAACUACCACAACAGCUGCACCAACUACCCAAACAGCUGCACCAACUACCACGACACCUACACCAACAUCCACUACAGCUGCACCAACAACCAUAACUACUGCACCAACAACCACGAUUGUUGCACCAACAACCACAACAGCUGCAUCAACAACUACUACAGCUGCACCAACAUCCACGACAGCUGCACCAACAUCCACUACAGCUGCACCAACAACCACGACAGCUGCACCAACAUCCACUACAGCUGCAACAAAAUCUACUACAGCUGCACCAACAUCCACGACAGCUGCACCAACAUCCACUACAGCUGCACCAACAACCACGACAGCUGCACCAACAUCCACUACAGCUGCAACAAAAUCUACUACAGCUGCACCAACAACCACGACAGCUGCACCAACAACCACUACUGUUGCACCAACAACCACGAAUGCUGCACCAACAACCACGACAGCUGCACCAACAACCACGACAGCUGCACCAACAUCCACUACAGCUGCACCAACAACUACGACAGCUGCACCAACAUCCACUACAGGUGCACCAACAUCCACUACAGCUGCCCCAACAACCACGAUUGUUGCACCAACAACCACAACAGCUGCAUCAACAACUACUACAGCUGCACCAACAUCCACGACAGCUGCACCAACAUCCACUACAGCUGCACCAACAACCACGACAUCUGCACCAACAACCACGACUGUUGCACCAACAACCAGGACUGCUGCACCAACAACCACGACAGGUGCAUCAACAUCCACUACAGCUGCACCAACAACCACAACAGCUGCACCAACAUCCACUACAGCUGCAGAAACAUCAACUACAGCUGCACCAACUACCACAACAGCUGCACCAACAUCCACUACAGCUGCAGCAACAUCAACUACAGCUGCACCAACUACAACAACAGCUGCAACAACUACCAUGACAUCUCCACCAACAACCCAUACAGCUUCACCAACAACCACUACAGGUGCACCAACAACCAAAACAGCUAAACCAACAAGCUCGACAGCUGCAACAACAUCUACUACAGCUGGACCAAUUACCACUACAGCUGCAACAACUACCACAACAGCUGCACCAACAACUACUACAGGUGCAUCAAAGACCACUACAGCUGCACCAACAACCACAACAGCUGCACCAACAUCCACUGCAGCUGCACCAACAACCACGACAGCUGCAACAACAACCACGACAGCUGCACCAACAACCAUGACAGCUGCCCCAACAACCACGACUGUUGCACCAACAACCACAACUGUUGCACCAACAACCACGCCUGCUGCACCGACAUCCACAACAUCUCCACCAACAACCACAACACAAGCACACACAUCCACAACUGCUGCACCAACAACCACAACAGCUAGCUGCACCAACAACCACGACAGCUGCCCCAACAUCCAAUACAGGUGCACCAACAUCCACUACAGCUGCACCAACAACCACGACAGCUGCACCAACAACCACGACAGCUCUGCUCCAACAACCACGACAGCUGCACCAACAACCACUACAGCUGCCCCAACAACCACUACAGCUGAAGCAACAUCAACUACAGCUGCACCAACAACCACGACAGCUGCACCAACAGCCCUGACUACUGCACCAACAACCACGACUGUUGCUACAACAACCACGACAGCUGCACCAACAACCACUACAGCUGCUCCAACAACCACUACAGCUGAAGCAACAUCAACUACACCUGCACCAACAACCACGACAGUUGCACCAAAAGCCCUGACUACUGCACCAACAACCACGACUGUUGCAACAGCAACCAUAACUACUGCACCAACAACCACAACAGCUGCACCAACACCCACGACAGCAGCACCAAAAGCCACGACAGCUGUACCAUCAUCCACAACUGCUGCACCAACAACCAUGACAUCUCCACCAACAACCACUACAGCUUCACCAACAUCCACUACAGCUGCACCAAAAACCACUACAUCUGCCCCAACAACCACUACAGCUGAAGCAACUUCAACUACAGCUGCACCAUCAACCACGACAGCUGCACCAACAGCCCUGACUACUGCACCAACAACCACAACUAUUGCAACAACAACCAUAACUACUGCACCAACAACCACGACAGCUGCACCAACAACCACGACAGCUGCACCAACAGCCCUAACUACUGCACCAACAACCACGACUACAGCUGCACCAACAGCCACGACAGCUGUACCAACAUCCACAACUGCUGCACCAACAACCAUGACAUCUCCACUAACAACUACUACAGCUUCACCAACAUCCACUACAGCUGCACCAAAAACCACUACAUCUGCCCCAACAACCAAGACAUCUCCACCAACAACCACUAUAGCUGCACCAACAUCCACUAUAGCUGCACCAAAAUCCACUACAGCUGCACCAAAAUCCACUACAGCUGCACCAACAACCACGACAGCUGCACCAACAACCACUUCAGGUGCACCAACAACCACGACAGCUGCACCAACAACCACUACAGCUGCCCCAACAACUACGACACCUGCACUAACAUCCACUACAGCUGCACAAAAAAACAAGACAGCUGCUCCAACUACCACGACAUCUCCACCAACAACUACAAAAGCUGCACCAACAACCACAACACAAGCACCAACAACUACUACAGCUGCACCAACAUCCAAGACAGCUGCAACAACAUCUACUACAGCUGCACCAACAUCCACUACAGCUGCACCAACAUCCACUACAGCUGAACCAACAACCACGACUGUUGCACCAACAACCACGACUGUUGCACCAACAACCACAACAGCUGCACCAACAACCACGACAGCUGCACCAACAUCCACUACAGCUGCACCAACAUCCACUACAGCUGCACCAACAACCACGACAGCUGCACCAACAACCACGACAGCUGCACCAACAUCCACUACAGGUGCACCAACAUCCACUACAGCUGCACCAACAACC